UCAGCUUUGCUAGCUGCAGAUGAAGUAGCCUCGCGCUAGCCGACACCGACAUACCUUUAGCCUUUUCUACCAGCCUCAUUCAUCUUACGCAUUUUCUGUAAAAAUGCAAGAAUGGGCCAAUCAGUUAUGCGAGAACAGACAGUUUGGAUCCAAGAUGACAGACUCCAAGUACUUCACCACCACCAAAAAAGGAGAGAUCUUUGAGCUCAAAGCGGAGCUCAAUAGUGACAAGAAAGAGAAAAAGAAGGAGGCUGUAAAGAAGGUUAUUGCAUCCAUGACAGUUGGCAAAGAUGUCAGUGCUCUUUUCCCAGAUGUGGUAAACUGCAUGCAGACUGACAACCUGGAACUGAAAAAGCUGGUCUACCUUUACCUGAUGAACUAUGCUAAAAGUCAACCUGACAUGGCUAUCAUGGCUGUUAAUACUUUUGUGAAGGACUGUGAAGACCCUAACCCUCUCAUUCGAGCGCUUGCUGUUCGUACGAUGGGUUGCAUUCGCGUGGACAAGAUCACGGAGUAUCUGUGUGAACCUCUGAGAAAAUGUCUGAAGGAUGAAGACCCUUAUGUGAGGAAGACAGCUGCUGUGUGUGUAGCAAAGCUCCAUGAUAUUAAUGCCCAGCUGGUGGAGGAUCAAGGUUUCCUGGACACCCUGAAAGAUCUCAUCUCUGACUCCAAUCCCAUGGUUGUAGCAAAUGCAGUUGCAGCUCUUUCGGAGAUCGCAGAGUCUCAUCCCAACAGUAAUCUUCUGGAUCUGAACCCUCAGACUAUAAACAAGUUACUUACAGCUCUUAACGAAUGCACAGAGUGGGGACAGAUAUUUAUUUUAGACUGCCUGGCCAAUUACACACCCCGUGAUGAUCGUGAGUCCCAAAGCAUCUGUGAGCGAGUCACCCCAAGGCUGUCUCAUGCCAACUCAGCAGUUGUGUUGUCAGCAGUGAAAGUUUUAAUGAAGUUCAUGGAAAUGCUGCCAAAAGACUUGGACUAUUAUGGCACUCUACUGAAGAAGCUGGCCCCUCCUCUGGUCACACUAUUGUCUGCUGAGCCUGAGUUGCAGUAUGUGGCACUUCGAAAUAUCAACCUCAUUGUCCAGAGGCGGCCGGAGAUAAUGAAGCACGAAAUGAAAGUUUUCUUCGUAAAGUACAACGACCCCAUUUAUGUCAAAUUGGAGAAGCUGGACAUAAUGAUCCGUCUUGCAUCUCAAGCCAACAUAGCUCAAGUUCUGGCUGAGUUAAAAGAGUAUGCCACUGAGGUGGAUGUGGACUUUGUUCGCAAAGCCGUCAGGGCCAUCGGCCGCUGUGCCAUCAAAGUGGAGCAAUCAGCAGAGCGCUGUGUCAGCACCCUGCUAGACCUGAUCCAGACCAAGGUCAACUACGUGGUACAGGAGGCCAUUGUGGUUAUCAAAGACAUAUUCCGCAAAUACCCCAACAAAUAUGAAAGCGUGAUUGCUACACUCUGUGAGAACCUUGACUCCUUGGACGAGCCGGAGGCUCGUGCUGCUAUGAUCUGGAUUGUUGGAGAAUAUGCGGAGCGCAUCGACAAUGCUGAUGAGCUGCUGGAGAGCUUUUUGGAGGGUUUCCAUGAUGAAAGCACUCAGGUGCAGCUGCAGUUACUGACGGCAAUUGUCAAGUUGUUCCUGAAAAAACCCACAGAGACACAGGAGCUUGUUCAGCAGGUUCUGAGCCUGGCCACUCAGGAUUCCGAUAACCCAGACCUGAGGGACAGAGGCUACAUCUACUGGCGUCUGCUCUCCACUGACCCUGUAGCUGCAAAGGAGGUGGUUCUGGCUGAGAAACCCUUGAUCUCUGAGGAAACUGAUCUGAUUGAGCCCACUCUGCUGGAGGAGCUUAUCUGCCACAUUGGUACUCUGGCCUCAGUCUACCACAAGCCUCCCAGUGCCUUUGUUGAAGGCAGCAGAGGUGUUCAGCACAAGAGGCUGCCUUGCAGUGCUGGAUCUGGCGAGAGUGUGGACAGCCCGGAAACAAGUUCCACAGCUGGAGUUUCGGAUGCACCACCUGCUGUCAUCCCAUCCCAGGGAGAUCUCCUGGGAGAUCUUCUCAAUUUAGAUCUCACACCAACAACCACCGGCCCGCCCCCACCCGCUGUCUCUACCGGGAUGCAAUUGGGCGCCAUGGACCUUCUUGGAGGAGGACUGGACAGCCUGAUGGGAGAUGAGUCUGAGCCGCCGCCCGUUCCCCUGCGGACGGACACUCCUCAGUCACCCCAGAUCCCAAAUCAGUCCCCAUCACCCACAGAUUACAGCACUUCUGAGCUUGGUGGAGACCUGGGAGGAAAUCCUGCGAUAGGAGCAGGUUUUGGUGCGGCUCCAGCCGCAAUGCCAGCAUCUUUCGGGGCCCCCGGCAGCGGCGGUCUGGACGACUUGUUUGACCUUGGGAGUGGAGUUGGUAUGCCUAUGGGCGCUUACAGCCCCCCCAAAUCUGUUUGGCUUCAAGCCAUGAAAGCCAAGGGACUUGAAAUAUCAGGCACUUUUGCCCGCCGUGCUGGAGUUAUUCAGAUGGAGAUGACGCUCACUAAUAAAGCAAUGAGUGUCAUGACUGAUUUUGCCAUCCAGUUCAAUAGAAACAGCUUUGGCCUCUCUCCAGCUGGUCCCCUCCAGGUUCUUACUCCUCUCAGCCCGAACCAGAGUAUUGAAGUGGCUCUUCCCCUCAAUACUUCUGGGCCUGUUAUGAAGAUGGAUCCUCUCAAUAACCUUCAAGUGGCUGUCAAGAACAACAUUGACGUAUUCUACUUCAGCUGCCAGUACCCCAUCAGCAUGCUGUUUGUGGAGGACGGGAAGAUGGAGCGACAGAUUUUCCUCGCUACAUGGAAAGACAUUCCUAACGAAAACGAGUCCCAGUUUCAGAUCAAAGACUGCCACCUCAGUUCAGAUGCGGUCUCCAACAAACUGCAGGGUAGCAACAUCUUCACCAUUGCAAAGCGAACGGUGGAUGGCCAGGACAUGCUCUAUCUGUCUGUGAAACUCACCAACGGCAUCUGGGUUUUGGCUGAGCUGAGAAUCCAAGCUGGAAAUCCAAAUUACACCAUUUCUCUGAAAUGCAGAGCUCCAGAGGUUUCCCAGUGUGUGUUCCAGAGCUACGAGGCAGUGCUGAAGAACUGAACAAAGACCUGAGCAUCCAUCCAUCCAUCCAUCCUCAAACACCACCUGGGACUUCCUGUUUGCUGGUUUUUCCUAAACCUUCUGCAACAUUUAUCUGUGGUGUCUGAAUGUGGAAUCCUUUAAAGUCUUCAUUUGAUCUAGUUUUGGUUCCCUCCUUCCCCCUGUUAAGCCCAUUGAUGUAAACAGUUCACUGCCUCUCUUCAUUUUUUUAAUGAAAUAACUCCAGUUUCAGCAAUUAUCUCAGUUAUCAGAUGUAACAUUCAAACUGGCCUGAGCCAGCCUCUAAAGGCACUUUGAAGCCCAACGACUCUGCAGAUUUCAUGCUAUUUUUAGGAUCUGCAAUCAUCAUGUGAAUCAUCACUUUUUCCUUUUUAUUUAGAGGUCAUUUGAAUAGAGGGUUGGAAGGAGACUUGCACUCUUACGCUCUGCCUGCAGGAUGUGGAUGAUGGCUGUGCAGAGGACACCCACGUGCUUCGGCUACACUACUGUUGUCUUUAUUUUAUAGUUUUCUUUAGUAUCUGUGGGGGGGAAAUGAAACCUGACCACUGCUUUCCUGUAACGUGGAAUGACUUGCGUGUGAGUGGAAACUGUUGGUGCGUGUUUCUUUCAAUUUUACAGAGGUAUCUUGACUUUUAUAGCAACAGGUGCUCAUUGACUGGUCUCUGGUUUAGUUCUUCUAUGCUUUAUUUUGUGUCUUCAGUUUUGUUGUACAUGUGACAAAGUAGGAAAGCCCUUGAAUGGAGGAUUUUAUUUGCAGCAGCUUUUAAUUUUUCUCCAGAUCUUCAGAGUAACUCCUCUGAGUUCCUCUGACUAACAGGAGAUGAAGACCCCGGUGACCAAAUGCUACACUGGCUUGUUACAACCUGAAAGUGAAGGAAAAAAAAAA